AACUGAUCCCGAGACCGGCCCGAGCCUGUCCCGAUCCACCGAUGUACCUUCGGUUGCGGAUGGGACGCAAGAUUGGCAAGAAUACGCCCCUCCCGACGACGGUGAUGUCUUACGGCAAGAACAAGCUACGGCCCGAGUAUUGGUUCAGCAUUCCGAAGAACAAAGUGGACGAGUUGUAUCGCUUCCUGAACGCCUGGGUGCAGCAUCUGUACGGCGAGCUGGAUGAAGCGACCAUCAAGGAGCGUGGCUUCGAACUCAUUCAAAUGGACACCGAGUGGACCGCCAAAUCUGGCAGCCCGUCGAAGGACGGUCGUUCCGCUAGUGAAGGAGAAAUCUCCGAAUACACACGCGAAUCCUGGGAG